AUGAAAAGUGACUACGACACUACCAAAAGCAAGGACGACAAGAAAAACAUCCUGCAGGAACUGGAAAAGGUAGAAGAAGAGGUCAAAUACACUGCGGUGUUGAAUGAUGCGACGGAAAUGAUUCUCAUGCUAAAUACCAGACUCACUGAAGCGGGCAGCAAUGAGCGAAGACUUGCACGAAAACUUGGAACAGUUUUUCAAUCGUAA